AUGGCAGUUAUUCCCUCGAGAGUCGAGAUCCUUAGUGAUACGAGCUCCAAUGAAGAUGAUCCCUCCUCUCAUGACAGCUUCAAAUCUGACAACUCUAUUCUUUGUGAUCUUUCCGCUUUUCAGCUCCAGAAUCGCUCAAGUGCCUGUUCUAACCCAGCAGUCGAGUCGCUUACCACAUGUCUGAAGAAACUACAAAUAGACACGGAAACUUGCAACACUGAUAACCCAAAGAAUCAAAGUCGACGUCGCCUAACAAGGCCGGCAAUUGCGGCCAACACCUUUGAGGUCCUUGAAACCGUCCCUGAAGACGAGUCACUGCGCUCAUGCACAUCUGCAUCUACAAAUAUUUCUAACGAGACACAAUAUCGCUUCGAACUCCCUGCUUCAGCAAUCGAGAAAUUCUCAGACCACCCUUUAAUAGAAAUUGCACGCAGAGGCAUACCCUCAGCCAAAGAACAAUUGGCGAAGCAUCGCGAAGGCUGGUUUGAAGGAAUAAUUUCUACAAAAAUACCCAUCGAAAAUUCUACACAGUCCAGCGCUGCGCCGAGUUUCAAGGCAGUACAUCUUGGCUUCAAUCUCUUGCCUAUUAACGAUAACGCCCCGCGCGGGAGUCCGACCGAGGCUGAUGUUCUUGCCCGUUUUAUAGCUCUUGUGUCACCUUUAGCUCCCGGGGAAGAAGUUCUGACAGACGACGAGCAGCCCGCAAGACCAAACAUGGCUGUCGCAGAAUCCAGUCGCAAUCACCUUGCACCAGUUAAGGAGCUAGAGUUGCCCUCAGAGGAUAGAACCCGGCAAUCUACCCCUACUUCACCUAGUUCAGUUAGAGACAAGGAUAGACAUGUCGAGGUCAUUGUCCCGAGAUCACCCGCACAACCUAUCGCUAGAAUCGAGGAUUCCGUGGAGGCGCUUGACGAACUUGAAGAGCAAUUGGAAGCAUUUGAUGAGGCAGCCCAUUUCAAGCGAAUUAUAUCUCCAAGAAACCCAAGUUCCGGGCACAAACCUACAGUUCCAUUACUGUCCGUGACGAACGCCGGAAUUACGAGGUCUGUAACCCCACAACCGAAGCGAAGUACUCCGGUGGUGAGUAGCCCUGCCUCUAUAAGGAUAAAUUCGACCAGCGAACCCCAGCGUACUGUUCGCAAGGCAGCAUCUAUGAUAUUCCUUGAUCCCCCAAAAUUAAAGAUUGAGGAUAAGCCUGUAACCCAGGCCCCAUCGAAGAGGUCAUUCUUCAAAGGCAUAGCAAGUCUUCUACCACCAAGACAACCACCCAAGUCGAACAAGAAGCCCACUAUUCCAACCUUUGAACUACCCGGGGACGAAAUCGCUCGCAAAUUGAAGGAGAAACGGGAAGCCCGUAUAUCGACGCAAGCCGCCACGGAACAAGCCACAAAACCAACUAUGUCAAGCCUUCGACGUGCCAAGUCAGCUAAGGCUCCAACACGGCCUAACUUUGAGUUGCCGGGGGAAGCCAUCUCUCGUCGCAAGCGCGAAGAGCGUGAGGCGCAGCUACGAGCACAGGAAGAAGAGGAACGUAAGAGAAGGGAGUUCAAGGCCAGACCAAUUCGAUCGGGUGCCGCACCUAGUACCUUUCCGCGCGAUACAGCCGCGAGCCGGGCUCGGCAAAGUAAAGUACACUUAGUGGAAAAUUCAACUCAGCAGAAUUCACCCGGCCGGAACAAAGGCGCAUCCACGGCUACUAACUCCACAUCACGCUCUCCUCUUUCAAAGACGAACAACCAAUGUCAAUCACGGGGCCGAGGACUACAACCACAAACAUCCGGAGUGCAGCCGCCUCGUGGUGUUUCAAGCUCUACAGUAGACAGCACCAGUGGACAGCAUAGUUCGGUGUCCACAGAAGAUAUACAACAGCAGAGACUACGUGGUCAGGAAAUUUACAAGCGGGAUAACUCUUGGACCGGAGAACGAGAGCGUGAGAGACGAGAACGGGAAGCACUAGCUAAAUUAGCACGAGAAGAAGCCGCUGAAAGAUCUCGACAGCAGAGUCGGGAGUGGGCGGCGAAGCAAGCGAGAAAAAGAAUGACUAUUGCCUCACUGCGAGAUGUCAUGGCUUGA